UCUCAAACUACAUUCUACUCCACUAAGUCCACUCUCAAAGAAUAACCAUAACACCUUCCUAACUCAUCAACAGGAAAUGCAGAGUACACUAAACAAGAACUAAUCAUUGAUGAUUGGGAUACCAUCACCACAUACUAGUCGAGGGCCGCUUCCAUAAUACAGACAAUUGGAUACAAAGGUUAUAGAUGCUCAGUAAAAGCAGGCUAUGGUUAAUGACAUUAUAUCUGCUAGUUAAUGACAUUGUAUCCGCUAGUUAAUGACUGUGUAUCUGCAAGUUUUUUCAGAUGUAUCUGCAAGCUAUGGUUCCUGUAACCAUAAUAGUCUACAAGGCAUUUUUCCCUAUUAUCCAUGAUGGAUGUUAUGUCUUUCUGUGCUUUAAUUUCAAGUAUUCUAAGGUUGAUGUGAUUGACCAGAGGAUUUUGACCGGAAAAGUGAAUGAAAUUUAUGGUGGCUACGUGACAAUUCUGGCUUUGUUCUUUUCAAGGUUUUUGAAGGAUAUGAAGGAUCCAAGAGCUAAUUUAGUAAUGAAUUUUGAGCCAAGGAUAAUUAGAAUGGUAUCCAAUGAGCUUGAUGUUGUCGAUAGUGGUGUCCUUGCAAUGAGACACAUGGAAACAUAUAUGGGCAAGCAACUUCUUGGGAUCCUCUCCUAAAAAAAAUUGAUGGCCAUGUUCUUAGAAAUUUGAGAGCAAAAUAUUGUUGUGAGAUUUUCAAGAAUGAGUACAACGUGGUCAAAGAAGAUGUGUUGAAGAAAGAAAAAUUGUGAAUGGAGCAUUGUUGUUGCCGGGAAGAUGGAAUUUUGAUGUUGAUCAUAGACAUGUGUGCAUUGUAAUAUUGAUAGUUUGUUAAUAAUGUAAACUGAUCGUUGGUACUGGAUUGUAGCGUUAUAGGCUCUAAAACUUCCCAUAGCUUGAUGUAUUCACUAUAGUAUGUUAUGAUGUUUUUUGUACAUGAUUGUGAUAUAUCUACAAUAUUCUGAUGUAUAUGACAGUGGAGACUGUUGUUGCUGCUGCUAUGAUUUUCAAGUUCUUUUUGUUCUGCUUUGACAGUGGAGACUGU